AUGAAAAGUUUAGAUUCAGUAGCAGUAAUAAAUGAAGAUGAAGACUUGAAAAGUUACAGUUGUGAAAUGAGUGAAGUAUUAAAGACUCCUGUUAACUUUGACAAUGACUGUUGUUACAAAGCAAUUAUAUCUGGAGCUUACAAUUUCUUUAAACCAUCACGAUAUGCUUUGGAAUUAAUUAGGGCUGAUGUUUCAUCAAGAAUUGGGGCUAGCCUUGGUAAUGCUUUUCUCUUAGAUUUGCAGGCUACAGGCCUACUUGUGCCAAAUCUUAAUUUAAAUACUGUAUUUAUUGACAAAUCAAAAAUUGAUAGACAGAAAACUAGAGUGAAAAGUAUAAGUCAAAAUAAGCAUAUGGAGGAUAUUAAUGGCAUAAUAUGUAUUGGAGUUGAUGGAAAAGUUGACAAAGACACUUUAUUUUACAGAGAAGUUAAGAAAAGACAAGAUAAACACUCAGAGCACCAUUUAACUUUUACAGUAGAGUCUGGGUCUGAAAUUGGAUCAUAUCUUACUCACAGAGUCAUUCCGAUCAAAGGUGCUAAAGGACUUUUGUUAGGAGAUAAAGUUGUUAGUGUCUUAAAUGAUUUUAAGAUUGCUCAUUCUCUAAAAGCUAUCCUCUUUGAUAAUACUGCUACUAACACUGGUUGGAAAAAGGGGCUUGUAACAGCUGUAGAAAAAAAAAAUAAUAGCAAGUUACACAUUAUUGGCUGUUCACUUCAUCAAAAUGAACUUCCCUUUCGAGCUAUUUUUGAGUAUCUUGAUGGAGGCACCAAAAGCCCUAAUUUGUUUAGUGGUCCAAUCGGAAAACUUUGUGAAAAUAACUACCAAGAUCUCCCUCAAGUUGACUUCAUAAAAAUUAGCAGCCAUGUAGAUAACAUACAUUUUGAUAAAAAGACAUUAAAAGAUUUGAGUAGUGAUCAAAGACUUCUUUUAGAAUAUGUUCUUGGAGUUUCAAAUGUUGAUCAUAAAUAUUCAAAGUGGAAAAUUGGGCCAUUAAAUCAUGCUAGAUGGUUAAAUUUGGCAAUUCGAUUAUUGUGUCUUUGGACAAGAGGCACUUAUCUUCCAGAAAUGCAAGAUAAGCUUCACCAAAUUAUAAAAUUUAUUGUGCAAGUGUAUGCAGUUAGCUGGUUUGAAAUAAAAUUGGAUAAUAAGUUUCACAAUCAGCAGUUAUACAUUUUCAAUAUGAUUAAAAGAAUUAAAGAACAGUCUGAGGAAAUCAAAACUAUUGCGUUAUAAAACAUGCAACACAAUGCCUUUGCUUUGCUGCCUGAAAAUAUAUUGUACUCCAUGAUGAAAUCAGAUGAAGAUAAAGUCAGAGAAGCUGCUACCAGAAAAAUUUUAAGUAUAAGAAGUAUGAAAGUGCCUACAUAAAGAUUAAACAAAAUCACUGCAAUAAAAACUGAUGCAUAUCACUGGUCGGAUUUAGCAGACCUUUCUCAAACAGGUAUUUGUGAACCAGCUCUCACUGAACACAUAUUGUCUAAGCAUUUACAAGAAUCGUUGCUAAAUGGAACGAAGUUUGAGUUACCGGUUCUGCUUUCUCAUACUCAGAGUGUUGAGAGAGCUGUGAAAAUGACAUCUGAAGCUUGCCAUACAGUGUAUGGAAUGGAAGCAAGGCAUAAACAUAUCAUUGCGAAAAAUUUAAGUCGUCAAAAGAGACCUAAUUUUUCUUCGAAGGGUUCGUAUUGUCAAAAGUAUGAUGACGUUUUGAUCUGAAGUAUUUUAACAACAAAUAAAACCUUUUUAUUGAAGUUUUUGUUUUGUUUUUUUUUGUUUU